GAUCAAUGCAUCAAGUGUGUAAUUCGACAAGGACAAACUAUGCUUAUUCCAACGGGUUGGAUUCAUGCUGUGUACACCCCGGUUGAUUCUCUCGUCUUUGGAGGCAACUUUCUGCACAGCCUAAAUAUUGGUAUGCAGUUGACGAUUUAUGAAAUAGAGAAAAAAACUAAGACAGAACCAAAGUUUCUCUACCCUAAUUUUGAGAUGAUAAACUGGUUUGCGGCAGCAUACUUGCUGGAUCAACUAAUCGAAAUCAAUUUGCAUGAAAGCAGGUGUCCAGAGACAUUUCUGAUAGGUAUGAAAGCCCUUCUUCAAGCCUUGAAACAUUGGAAUACUGAAAAAGAUUAUAACUUAAAUGUAAGGGAUCAAAUGCCCUUAGGAAUCAAUAUUCCUAAGUUGUUGAAAGAUAUUGGGAAAGAAAUUCGCCAUGCAGAAAGAUACAUAAAUCAGCUGAAUCCUCCAAAACCGGAACGUGAAUCGAAACGCAAGAGAAGGAAGCCAGUGAAUAAAGAUUUUGUUGAUUAUUCACUAUUAACCAAAGCUGCUGGCCAAGAU